AUGGAGCACACAGACCCGUUCCUCCAAGUCCAGGCAGACGUCCUGUCAACACUACAAUCCAGCCGUCCCCUCUUCUCCUCAUAUCUCCGCAUUCGUUCUCUAACCAAGAAUCCGUCCAACCCAGAGCUGAAGCAAGCGCGCUCAGAGCUCGAAAGCACAAUAUCCGAGCUCAGCGCGGACCUAGACGAUCUUGUCGAGAGCGUCCGCGCCAUCGAACAAGACCCUUACCGCUUCGGUCUAGAGCUGGAAGAGGUGCAGCGGCGGCGCAAACUUGUGGACGAUGUUGGUGCCGAAGUCGAGAAGAUGCGUGAAGAGCUUCAGGCUGCAGUUUCUCAUGCACCGGAACCGGACCUGCCCAAUCCUACGGAGUUUGAUGCUGCGCUCGAAGCAGAUGAGGGCCGGGGUGGGGAUGAUUACUAUGCUUCGAUGGAGCAGCAGCGACAGGUUGAGUUGAUGCAUGAGCAGGAUGAGCAGCUGGAUGGGGUUUUCCGCACAGUUGGAAACCUGAGGCAGCAGGCUAAUGACAUGGGCCGCGAAUUGGAGGAUCAGGCGAUUAUGAUCGAUGAGGUCGAUACGCUGGCAGACCGCGUGGGUGGGAAACUGACCAACGGCAUGGCGCGCAUUCGACAUGUUGUGCGAGCGAACGAGGGUAAGUAA